AGGGAUCCCAUGUCAUGCACAGCAAGGGGUUCUCUGCAGCGGUCUAGUCUGACUCCUACAAUUUAUCUCCACCAACAGGAGCAUGAAGACCUCCACAGCUGCCCUUGCUGUACUUUUUGUGGCUGUCCUCUGCUACCAGGUCUCCUCUUCUCCAGCUUCUGUCAACUUUUCUGGUCCCUGCUGCAUCCAAUACAGCACCAAAGCAUUUCCCUCGAGCCGCGUGGUGACGUACGAGCACACAGGCAGCCACUGCUCCAAGCCAGCUGUGAUAUUUACCACAGUUAAAGGCACGAUGGUCUGUGGCAAACCUGAUGAAGUGGGUCCAGGACAUAGUGAAUCACCAAAAGGACAAGGCACGCGGUGGAUGAGCAAUGCUCUGCUCCCUCCAAGCAUCACCUCUGUGAGGACCUUCUCUCAUGGGCACCUCCAAGACACGUCCGUCUUUUCUUAUUGCCUGUGAAUUUGGCAGACUGUUUAAUACAGUGUUUAGCUCUUUCAUUUAAGCUUAUGCAAAGGUAUUUUUAAUUUAUUUGUCAUUUUCAGUGAAACUUUUCAUUCUAAUAUGUACUGAUUAUGUUGAAGUUAUUUUGUGUAAUAAAAAGGAGCAAAACCUGCA